UCAACAACGGCAACAUCGAAAGGGAAACGACGAGGGAAAAGGAAAAGAAAAGCAAUAUCAAACACUGGAGGAACGUUGCGCGACGCACGACGGUCGCCAGCUUUCGCCCCCGAGCACACAAUGAGACGAGGUCUCCUCCUUGCCGUGGCAGCUCUAUCGACAAACACUCAGGGCGCGGUCGUCGACAAGAGACAGAACAUCCAGGUCGAUGGAAACGGCAACGUCAACGUGCAAGGACCCGGUGCCGCGGGCGUGAAGGUGACGACGUUGGACGUUACCAACGUCGGCGCGGCAUCGGGCCAGGGAAACAUCAUCGCCGACAUCUUGGGCGCCCUCAACGGAAACCGGAAUGGCGGCAACGUCGCCAACUGCCCGCCCGCGCCCGCGCCCGCCCCUGUCACUGUCACAACGACCAUAUACAUGAACGCCUCGCUGCCCCCGCCAUUGACGGUCUUUGUCACGCAGCCAGCCGCGCCGCAAAUCAUCACGGAGUUUGUCACCACAACGCCGCCGCCUGCCGCUGCUCCCCCUCCCGCGGCCGCGGCGUCAUCAGCCCCGGCCGCAGCGCCUGCACCUCCUGCGGUAUCGUCACAACCCGGCCUCGUCAUCCCCGGCACUCCUCAGUCGCCGCCUUUUGCCGGUCUCUCAUCCUCGUCGAUUCCGCCGCCGCCGCCGCCGCCUGCGGCAACUCCUGCUCCCGUUGCAGCUGAGCCCGCCGCCUCUAAGCCCGCUGCCGCCCCCGCCGCUCCUAAAGCACCCGCCGAGGCUCUCCCGCAGGUCGGUGGCCCGGCCGGAAACAGCAGCCCGACGAAGUCUCUGAACCUGGGCGGUCUCACCGGUCUCACCGGUACCGCCGCCGCCGGCGCGCCCGCCGCCGACAUCACGCCCCCCGUCGCCGUGAACCCCGCCCAGCCGGCGGUCGUCGUCAGUGGCCUCGCCCUCAGCAAGUCUCUAGUGCUCGGCAACCUGCUGCAGCAGUCGGCCCGGCUGAAGGCCCGCGAGACGCCCGCGUUGUAAGGAGGAACGAGACCGAGCACCGGCAAACCCAUUCCGAGAGCAGCGUUGCGAUGUUCCGAUUUCCCGACGUUCGAUGCAUGCCAAGCGAGUCUAUCUACUGCUUCAUUAUUGGAUGGCAGAUGUGAGGGUGGGCUGUUG